CUCUCGCAGGUAUGGCUGUCAGUCAACAGUCAAGAUCAGAUGGCUUUUCCGUGUAUCAGGUAUUUUGUUGAUAUUUUAUGCAACACUCUGUAUAAUAAUAGCAUACAGAUUGUUUACAGCUGAAAAGUCACAUUGGCACUUGAACCCCUUAUAAGAUGUAAGCGAAUACAAAUAAAGCAAUUCAAAUUGAGAUGUUCAAUGAUGGAAACUCAUGUUUCAAUGCACCUACAAGUCAUGUAUGGCCAAUAUUUCUGUAUAAUGAAUAGAACUCACAAAAAUUAGUUAUUCUUGAGCUAAACAUGACAUGGAAGAUAAAUUCUUAUUGACGUUACUGACCCCAGAACUAAAAAAAAACUAGAAAUUUCAUGGACAGAAGCAAAUGUUACCAUUAAAAAAAAAUAGUACAGUGGAACCUCUCAUAACAAGCACCUCUGAUAAUGAGUAAUUCGUAUAAUGAGCAAAAACAAUUUUUAAGAAGUUGCUCCCUUAACGAGCGACAUUUUGCAUAACGAGUUGCAGAAAGGGGAAGUCUCUUAUUCCCGAAAUUCAUUUGUGAGCGGGGACUUCCGUGCCGAUGCAUUAAUCUGUGUUUAGCACUCGGUCUGUUAGCGUAUUGUUUUCGUGUGUGAUCACCAGUUUUUACAAAUUUUGUGUUCAGACAGUAUUCGUAAUUUUUUUAUGUGCAAAGUGUAAUAACCUUUGCUAAAAUGUCUUCAAACAAAAAAACACAAGAAGACAAUCAUAAGAGAGAAAAAAUAACUAUUGAAGUGAAAGGUAAAAUCAUUGAAAAGCGAGAACAAUGUGUGAGCGUGGCUAAGCUAGCGCGCACAUACAAUCGGUCAACAUCAACGAUCUGCACUAUUCUCAAGAACAAAAACAAAACUAAGGAGAUGGAUGCUUCAAAGGGAGUGUCAAGAAUGUCUUUGAAACGGUUACGUAUUCUUUAUGAUGUUGAGAGGUUGCUUCUAAUAUGGAUAAAAGAGAAGCGAUUACAAGACGGCACUAUUAAAGAAAAAAUUAUUUGUGAGAAGGCGAAACUUAUUUUUUCUGACCUCGUUAAGAAAACACUAGGAUCAUUUACUGCCGAAAAAGAACUACAAUUCAAGGGAAUUCAUGGAUGGUUCGAGAAGUUUAAGAGAAGAACCGGCAUCCAUAACAUUGUGAGGAACAGUGAAGCAGCAAGCUCUGGCACAAAAGCAGCAGAGAACUUCAUCAGUGACUUCAAGAAGCUCAUAGAUCUCUGGGGAUUACCUGCCGCACCAAGUUUUUAAUAGUGACGAGACGGGUCUCUUCUGGAAAACAUGCCAAAGCGAACCUAUAUAACAGCAGAAGAGAAUGCAUUGCCAGGCCACAAGCCAAUGAAAGACUGCCUUGCGCUGCUAUUUGUGCCAAUGCAAGCGAGGAUUAGAAAAUUAAACCGCUGCUUGUUUACCAUUCAGAAACUCCAAGAGCCUUUAAGAAGUGUAAUGUCCAGAAGAGCAGACUAAAUGUGAUGUGGAGAUCCAACAAGAAGGCCUAGGUGACACGUGACAUUUUCACUGAUUGGAUCAAUGAAGUGUUUGGUCCUUCCGUAAAAAAAUAUUUGCUUGAGAUGAAUCUUCCUCUCCAUGUCUCGCUUGUUAUGGACAAUGCACCCGCCCAUCCUCCAACAAGAUGAUAUUCAUGAAGAAUUUUAUUUCAUCAAUAUCCAGUUUCUGCCUCCCAACACCACUCUGUUACUCCAGCCUAUGGACCAGCAGGUUAUUUCUAACUUUAAAAAACUCUACACUAAAACACUCUUCGAGUGUUGUUUUGAAGUUACUGAAGAGACAAAUCUCAUUCUUAGAGAGUUUUGGAAAGAUCAUUUUCACAUCGUUACUUGCCUCAAGAUGAUUGACAAGGCUUGAGAAGGAGUUACCAAGAGAACCCUCACUUCUGCUUGGAAAAAAAUUUGGCCACAGAGUGUUGUUGAAUGUGAUUUUGAAACAGUACCUGUGGAGUCUACAGUUAACGAGAUUGUGUCAUUGGCCAAUAUCAUGGGACUCGAGGUGGACAACAACGAUAUUGAAGAGCUUGUGAAAUAGCGCAGUCAAGAGUUGACCACCGAAGAGCUUAUGGAGUUGCAUCGUGUUUCACAGCAAGAAAUUAAGGAGGAGAGCUCAUUAAGGGAGGAGGAAGUAGCAGAGCAACAAUCUUCUAGCGCAAUAAGAGAAAUGCUGAAAGCAUGGGAAACUGUUGCAUCGUACAUUGAGAAGCAUCACCUACGUGCUACAAAUUUAUUCAAUGAUAAUGCUGUGACACAUUUUUGUCAAAUUUUGAAGCGUCGGCAAAAACAAAUGUCUUUAGACAGUUUUCUAGUUUAAAAGGAAUAAUUAUUUGUCAUAAAUUCAUAUUUUUAUUUACGUUUUUUGUUUCAAGUCUAAAUUGUAUUCCAAGUUAUUACACUCCUAACAAUUCAUAAGUAAUUUUCUCUGAAUAAAUGUUAAUUAAAAUUUUUGAAAAAUGAGUAUUUUUUCAGGAUGAAACGCAUUAUCUUAUUUUAUAUUGAUUUGUAUGGGAAAAACUGUUUAGUUUAACGAGUGUUUCGAUUAACGAGUAAGAUUCUAAAACCAAUUAUGCUCGUUAUGAGAGGUUCCACUGUAUUUGAUUAGAUAAUGUAUAAGUCUAGGCUUAAAAACUCACUAACUUUUUACACUGAUUUAAUUGACAAAUGUACAAGUCUAGAUCAAGUAAAUCAGUUACAGUUUUAGACAUUUUACUAUGUUGCCGGCCUGAAUAAAAAUGUUCAGAUUCAUUUAAGCAUUAGAAUUAUGAAAUGUUUUAAUAUAAAAUAUGUUGUUUAAAAAAAAUUUAUUGCACGUUUUACAAUUUACUUUCUCUGAAACAGAUGGAUUCCUAUGGAGAUAUUUUUUAUCAAACCAAUGAAAGAUACAAAACCAUUUCAGACAGUGAAAGGAAUGCCUCAAAACUGCGGUCUAGUCACUGGCUGCAACAGUUGGAGGAGAUUGGAAAAAAGAGAUGUGUCGUUGGGCUUGAAUCUACAUCCAAGCAAGUAUUUCUAGGUACUACCUUACUAGGUAUUUUCUAUGCUAUUUCAGAAGAUGUUAUAACGUUUUACCCCAGUCCCAAAGAUAAGGGCUUCAUAUGUUCUCAAGGUUAAGAAAUAUUUCAUGUUAUUUGAACCCUUGUCAUAUUUUAUUCAUCUUGAAAAUAAUUUAUUUUAGUUUUUCUAUGUAGAAUUGUUGUAGUAGCUUAUUUCACAGGACUGAAUGCGUCUUUUGAAAUUAAAAGUCAAAUUAUGAAUCAAAGUCUGUCCUGGUCCAAACAAUGAUUGGUCCAACUUAAACAUUUUUAAUUUCAAUACAAAACUGAUAUAGCAAUGAAUCGAUGCUUGAGAAAGGCUUAUUUAUGUCUAUCCUCUCACUUUUUCAGACCCUAAGAUUAUGAAAGAUGUCUUUGCCUACCCACUGCACAAUCAAGAUGUAUCAGCUGGGGUAAGUCUGUUAAAAUAGGUUUUAUAAUAGACUUGACAAUUCCAAUGAAUUUUUUUUAUAUUUGAAAGAUUUUAGCAGAAAAACUGUAGGCUUUGGUCAUUUUAUUUAUUUAUUUAUUUUUUUUUUUUUUAUUGAAUUACACAUCUUUUUGUAUUUGUUUAGCAACAGAGCCAGAAGAACUCAGCAUUGCAUAAUGCAAGAAAUAAACAAAUAAACAAAAGAAUCACAAUAAACCAAUUAUUGUAUUCAUCAAGUACCAAUGAAAUUUGUGUAUCUAAAACAUACUUUUGUUUCAUAUUUAUACUUUUUGGUUCACUAUAACCAAAAAAUAAUCAUAUUCUUUUAUCCCCUUCAUUCUGUUAAAAUUUUCCAGAAAACUUAUUUUUGCAAUGGCUCAGUACAAAUUGUUUUACAACCCCUACCAAAUUUUCUAAAAUUCUCUCAGAUGAGUUGAUUUCAAUCAAUUACCAAACCCGCAUGCAUUAUUCUCUCAGAUGAGUUGAUUUCAAUUAAUUACCAAACCCGCAUGCCAUCUCUUUGAAAUAAACCGUUAAACCAUUUAAUACACUGAAUUGGGUAAUAACCUAAUAUGAUAAACUUCUUCUCUUCAGAAAAGUUCAAGAGAAGAUUGUAAGACAACUUUACAUAGAAAUCUGAAACCUGUUGAGAGAUUGCCAUCCAAGGGAUACAAUACACAACUGCAUCUAGCAUUGCGUGAAAACAGAGACAUUAAGG